AUGAAAGCUGAGUUGUUGUUGGAGACAGGACCACACCCUCCGGGAGGCACUCCGAUUCGAGUAGUUCGAGCCCUCCAGCAAGUCGGGAGCAGAGGCGGUUGCCCAUUGUCGCACGAGAACAAGCUGGUCAUGCAGAGGUGCCAAAACGGGACGGUCGUGCCCCGUCGCUCCGGGCGGCUGGAGCGGUAUCCCCGAUCCCGGAAGCGGCGCGGGCGUGGGACCAGGAUGGGUUUCCUGCGACAAAUUGGCUUCUGGAAGAAGACUUCUUCGGCAGUUGUCCCUUUCGACCAGGAGGCGCAGUGCGAUAGACGCAAUGAGGUCAAACUGCUGACUCCGGAUGCGCAGUCCAAGCUGGGGAGCACCAGCAACAGCACCGCCUGCUCCGACGAUGUAAUGCAUCGCCCCGAGCUUCGGACGCCCACGCCCGGGUCCAGCCCAUCGGAAUCGACAUGCUCGUACACCACUGGAUCCGCGAAUGUUUCGAUGGACCCACCGUCGAGCCCGCUAGCAGAGUCGGAGGACGAUCGCAGAACUUCACUGCGCUCCACCGCCGUCGCACCCCCGCAUUCCCCACGCGUGGUUGAAGAAGUGCUGCAAGACUCGACGAAGGAAGCCACCCCGGAUUUCAAGCUGUCGCCAAGCGAGAUCUAUGCAGCCGUUGCCGCGGAGUUUGGUGAGGAGACUGCAUCCCUUCUGCAGUCUACGAAAUGGGACAAGAGGCAGCGCGGGCUGCAGUCGAUCUCAGCGGUGCUGAACGGCAGUGACCUGGAAGGGGUCGCUGUCGCUCUGCCGGGAUCAGCCCGUUCGACGAAGGGCUUGUUCCGUGAGCGAGCAUCUGCUUGGGAAGUCAGCUGCCUUGUCCUGAAUCACGUGCUGAGGGACAAGGUUAUCCCCGUCGGCUUGACGGCCUUGGAGCUAUUUCGGGACACCUUCCAGAACAUUGAUGUGAGCAUCUCGGCUGCCCAGGUGCAGCAUGCAGUCUCCGUCCUCAUCGAACAUGUCAUGUUCCGGAUUG